AUGGAUGAUGGCAGCCAACUUCGGCAAGCUUUGAAUGUUUUGAUGCUGAAGAUCCUGGAUAAUGCGAAACGAACCUUGUCGUUUGUUAAGUUCUCAGAUUUUGAUGUCAAAUGCCUAAUCAAACUUACUAAGGUUCUUCAAAGUACUAUAUAUGAGGUUGACCUUGAUCGUAUCCUUCAAAGCAUCCACUUAUACCUGCAAGAACUAGGGAUGGAAGAAAUUAGGAGAAGAGCGGGAGAUGAUGACAAACCAUUGCGUAGAGUGAAAACUGUUCUACAUGAACUUGUUACACUUCGUGGGACUGCAAUAAAUGGUCAUCUUUAUAUGGUUCCAAUGGACAUGGAACCCCAACCCAUUAUUCUUGCCUACAUUGAUCUUUAUCUUCAGCAAGAACUGGCUGCAAUAUUUAAGAAAAUUGGUGACAAGCAAACAUGCAUCAUUGGUCUUUAUGAACUUUAUCGGAUCACCCAAUUAUAUCCCAAGGUUGAUAUAUUUUCUCAGUUGCAAAAUGCUAGUGUGGCAUUUCGAACAUACAUUAGAGACGGUUUAGCCAAGAUGGAGAAGAAUGCAGCUGCUGGAAGGACGUCUUCAAGUUUACCUUUGUCAACCCUCCCUCGGCUGCCCUAA